AGCCAAUUAGGCAAAGCCUGACAAACCAGCUGUUGGGCUGCCCAAAAUGUCUGCCGAGAAUGCCAAAAAUUGCUGAAAUCGUCAGUUCUGAGGUAAAGUGCGCAGUCUCUUCUUUGCAACAGGCAAGAAAGGGAACAGUAACCUGCAAAGCAGCCUCUGCUGGUAGAGUAGCAACUUGACCUUUCGGCAACUUUACAGUAGCGACAACUGCAUAAAAAAAUGACCAUGGCUUGUACCAAUAGCAAACAGUUAUCUGUGGAAAGAUGGCCACUUUUCAGCCUCUUGGACCCUGAAUUCAUCUCGACGAUCAAGCAAGCCUGCGUUCUCGGCAGUUCCGGCAACGAAGCCAUCGUGAUAACACAAGACGACGAUGUUUACGCGCUUGGCUCGAACUGUAGCAGCUGCCUCGGGGUCGGAGAUGCCUUGAGUAGCUUAGAACCGCGUAAGAUCGAGAUACUGUGUAAGAAGAAGAUUGUGGACAUUGGGUACGGUAGCGGUCCCCACGUACUGGUGUGUACGGACAAUGGUGACUUGUACAGCUGGGGACACAACGGGUACAGUCAGCUGGGCAACGGGAGCACCAAUCAGGGCAUGUCGCCGCAGCUCAUCACAACAAAUCUGAUUGGUCGGAAGGUGGUGAAGGUUGCCUGCGGAAGUCACCAUUCGUUGGCGCUUACUCAAGAAGGAGAGGUUUUUGCUUGGGGCUACAACAACUGUGGACAAGUCGGAUCUGGAACAACCACCAAUCAGGCAACACCGCGGAAAGUUGCUGCCUGCCUCGGGACCAGAAAAGUGACAGAGAUCGCCUGUGGUCAGACAUCGUCUAUGGCAUUGUUGGAUAAUGGGGAGGUUUAUGGUUGGGGCUACAAUGGAAAUGGCCAGUUGGGUGUCGGCAACAACGUGAACCAACCCAACCCCUGCAGAGUAGCAGCCUUACAGCAGAUGAUAGUAGUACAGAUUGUGUGUGGUUAUGCCCAUGCCAUGGCUCUGACAGACGAGGGAAGUGUGUAUGCCUGGGGUGCAAACUCCUACGGACAACUGGGAACUGGAAACAAGGCUAACCUGGUCACACCGACCAAGAUCGCUCUGGACAAGGGCAGGUUUGUAGAGAUUGGAGCGACCCACUAUAACCACGUAUCAGCAGCGAUCACCCAGACUGGGAAGGUGUACAUGUGGGGUCAGUGUCGGGGACAGUCCAUCACCUCACCCAUGGAGACCAGGUUCUCAACCGUGGACGACGUCUUCGCAUGUUUCUCCAUGCCUGCCGUCACGUGGAGGCCUCUCUCCUUCGAAACUGAUAAUUUCUACACCAUAGAGAGACAUCUGAAGAUGGCAUUUGAUAACCAGGAAUCAAGUGACCUGAAAUUCAUGGUGGAAGGAAGAGUUGUUCAUGUACAUAAGGCUGUGUUGAAAAUAAGAUGUGAGCACUUUCGCUCCAUGUUCCAGGCACACUGGGGGGAGGAUGACAAAGAUGUGAUAGAAAUCACCCAGUUCAGUUACCCAGUGUACAGGGCCUUCCUGGAGUACCUGUACACUGACCAGGUGGACCUGCCUCCAGAGGAUGCAAUAGGCCUGUUGGACCUGGCUAACUCAUACUGCGAACAGCAGCUGAAGAGACUGUGUGAGAGGAUUAUCAAGCAGGGCAUCACUGUGGAGAAUGCUGCCAUGCUGCUGGCCGCUGCCAUUAAAUAUGAGGCCAGGGACCUGGAGGAGUUUUGCUUUAGAUUUUGCUUCAACCACAUGACGGCAGUCACGCAGACAGAAGCCUUCAACAAGCUGGAUGAACAGACUGUAAAAAACUUCAUCCUGAAGGCUGCCCAGCGCGGGGCGUUUAAGUACUGACAAUGACAGUUUCCAGUAGGAUAGAAGAAGAAGACAAUCAGCCAUGGCUCUGGAGGACAGGGGAGUGUUACGUCGUUCCUCUACUUUCCCAACUGUCAACAGAGACAUUUUGAGUAUUUUGGCCACCAUGAUUGUGCCAUAUACUGUAUUUACAGUUCAAAAUCCAAUCAUCUUCUGACACUAAAGCAUGCUUGUGGUACAAUGUACAUGUAAGGUAGCUGUUACAGGAUCUACUAUAAUUGUUUCUCACUUAUACUUACAUACAGAUAGCAACAAAAGAACAUUUCACAUUGUCAAGUAUAUAAUAUCAUAUACAAUGUAAAUUGACUUUAAUGUUAAGAAUCUUAAUAAGAUUUUAUGGGUAAAUUAAAUACAUUUUCUACCAUGUAAAGAAACUGUUGAAGACAAUAUAGAAGUUAAAAGCCACAGUUACCAAGAACACUAAGCUAUAGGCAAAACACAAGUUGAUAUAGCAAAGAAAUGACAUGAUGACCUUGACUUUGGCAGCUUAAUAUUAUGGCAAUAAAGCUGCAGUAAAUGAACUGUUAGCAGCUGGUCAGUUAACAUAAUGGAAAUGAAAACAAGACUUUCUUUUGAGGAAGUCUGUCAGGCUGGGGGAGCGCUUUUAAUUAGCCUGCAUUGCAGACCCCAUCUGGCAUAUGUUUGUGUCAUUACAUUGUCUGCACUUUUCUUUUGAUGUAACCAUUUUCUGAUUACUACCAGGCUCUGUCUACUGCCAGGUUCUAGUCUGCGUAUAAUUUAAAAGAAAAUGCCAGCUGAGGUCUGGAUUGGACUCAGUAUUUUUUGACGGCCUUUUAAAGAUUUUGGUAUCUGCUACCUGCGCUUUGGUGUGAGUUAGCUUUUACUCUGUUUUUGUCGUGUUGUUUUUUGAUACCUGUAAAAUUUGCCGAGCUGAGUAGAUUGCUUUUAUAUGAUAGAAUUAUAUACUGUUCAAACUGCUUACCCAAAGGCACAGUCAUGUUACCUGCAUGGUAGAUCUGCAACAGUGAAUUAACUGAUCGCAUUCUUGGAAUAGUGGGGGAUGUGUUGUAAAGGAAAAUCAUAGAAGAACUUUAUUGCACAACAAUUGUACAAGGUACAACGCAUGGCAACUACUACUGAACAGAGUACAGAAAGAAAGGGUAUAGAAUGAAAAUUAACAUCAUGAUUACUGAACAUCAAGAGAUAAUACUGUGUACAUUCAAAUAGAGCUAAUCAGGAGUAAUGUAUUCCUGCUGACAGUUGGUUUUGUCCUAACCUU